AUGGCGCUGGACAAAGGGUCCGAGCAGCAGGUCACUAACCAGCAGGUCCAAAUAGAACAGUGGCCACUAGAGAACAGCUGGAGCAGCUUGAGGAGCAGGACUGUGGCCUCCUGCCUCCAGAUGUUCACCGUCCACCAUGAUGCUGACACUCAGGUGCGGAUGAUGGCGCGCGGCGCCCCGCUGCUGCUGUGGCCGCUGCUGCUGCUCUGCGGGCGGCUGGUCGCGGCCCAGCGGCUCCAGAGCUCCGGGCUGAACGGCUUCAGCCUCCACCCGCCGUACUUCAACCUGGCCGAGGGCACGAAGAUCACCGCCAGCGCGACCUGCGGGGAGGACGAGGCCGGCAGGUCGCUGCGGGACCUGUACUGCAAGCUGGUGGGAGGCCCGGUGUCCGGGGACCCGAGCCAGACCAUCCAGAAAUGUGCUCCUGGUUUCUACAGAGACACCAUCGGCCUGUUCCUGGGGAAGUGUGUCCCCUGCGCCUGUCAUGGACACUCGGACCUGUGUGAGGACGGCUCGGGACGCUGUGUGGACUGUCAACACAACACGGUCGGCGACCACUGUGAGACGUGUCAGGGGGGGUUCCUGGGCAACAACAGCCUGGACGGACAGGCGGUGUCCUGCUCCAGUUGUCCCUGUCCCCUGAGGGUCUCGUCCAACAAUUUUGCGGAGGGCUGUGUGCAGAGGAGCGACAGGAUGCAGUGUCUGUGUAUGCCCGGUUACGCUGGACCAAAUUGUGAAAGGUGCGCCCCUGGUUUCUACGGCAACCCCAUGGUGCUGGGCAGCCGGUGCCAGCCCUGUCGUUGCCACGGCAACACGGACCCCAACAUGCUGUUCACCGACUGUCACCCGCUGACGGGCGAGUGCCUGAGCUGCAUGCACCACACCGGGGGGGCGCUCUGCGACCUCUGCGCCCCCGGGUUCUACGGAGACGCCAUCUCCGCCAAGAACUGCACCGAAUGCAGCUGUUCUCCGUGUGGCACCGACUCCUGUGACCCUCACACGGGCGAGUGUCGCUGCAAAGCCGGAGUCACCGGGCCGCGCUGCGACCGCUGCCAGGACGGCUCCUUCGGCUUCGACUCGUGCUCCGGGUGUCUCCAGUGUGAGUGCGCGGCGGCGGCGGCCCUGGUGACGGCCUGCGACCCGCUGAGCGGGCGGUGCGCCUGCCGGCCCGGGGUCAACGGGCCUCAGUGCCGACAGUGCGCUCCCGGCUUCUGGAGCUACGGAGCUGACGGAUGCAAGAAGUGCGAGUGUCGGGGGGGGCGCUGCGACCCGCGCACCGGGGAGUGCCGCUGCCCGGACGGGAUGACGGGGAAGCAGUGUGACGUCUGCUCGCACAAACACAACGUCCUCGUGGAGGACACACACGGGACGCACUGUGAAACGUGUGACGGCUGCGUCCUCGUGCUGCUGGAGGAUCUGGACAAGAUGAGCAACAACUUCAGCUCCGUCAGCGCUCAGCUGAAGAACCUGAACGCCAGCUCCAUCGCCUGGGCCCAGCUGAACGCCCUGAACCAGUCUGUGGACGACAUCGCCGCUGCGAUACAGAACUACAACAGUUCUCUGGACGAGAGCCGGAGUCGAGCCGACAUGUUGGACGCUGAGAUCAUGAUCAUCAAUGAUGAUAUUAAUGAGCUGCAGGACAAGGCGUCAGUGACUAGUGAGCGAGUCGACGGUCUACAGAACAGUACCACCGACACACACCAGAGGGCGCAGGAUCUCCUCCUGUUCAUCCACAACCUCACUAUGGAUAUAAACGACGUCUUACUGAUGUCCAACCGGUCGUGGAGCAACGAGACGGAGGCCGAGCAGGACGUGGAGGAGCUGGAGAGGAAGAUGAGGGAGGUGCAGGCCAUGCUGAGGGAGAUGAGGAGCAGGAGCUGUGUGGGACAGAAGAAAGUGGCCGACAGAGAGAGGACGCAGGCAGAGAAACUGUUGCAGCGCGUUCACAAGGAGUUGGCCGAUCGUCAGGGACAAAACAACAACCUGACCCAGUCCAUCAGGGACGGUCUGUCCCACUUCCUGUCUGAGAUGAUGGACCUGCGAGACGCCCUGAACGAGGCCGUCAACAACACGGCGAGAGCCACAGAGGUCAACAACGCCAACGAGAAGACGCUGGAGGACAAUCAGAGGAAGAUGGACGACCUGCUGUCCCAGCAGAAGGAGGUGACCGUCCAGCUGGACAUGGCUGAAGAGGACGUGGCCCAGGUCAACGACCUCCUGUCCACGCUGCAGGACUCCAAAGAGGAGUACGAGCGCCUGGCGGCUCAGCUGGACGGAGCCCGGACGCCGCUGCUGAAGAAGGUGCAGGAGUUUGCGUGGGUGGAGAACAGGAUCCCCCUGGUGGAGGAGGCGGAGAAGCACGCCGCGCUGCUGGACGCUUUAGCAUCGAACCUCAGCAGUUUGGUUGAAGAGACGAAGACGAACAGGAUCGUGGACGUGACUCAGAUCUACAACAAGAUCCUCACCAGCAUCCAGGAGGCGGAGCAGGCCGCCAAGAGGGCCGGCCGGGCCGCCAACGCCACCUUGGAGAGCGUGAAGAACCAGGACCUCGGGCAGAUCGCAGUCGCUCUGAGGAACCACAGUGUGGACCUGAAGGACGAAGUGGAGAAGCUCGAUGAGGAACUCAACAACGAUCUGAAGCCGCAGCUCGACGAGGCUGAGAGACGACUGAAGGAAGCAAAACACAAACAGACUCAAGUGAUGAAGGAUCUGGAGACGGUUCAGAACAACCUCCUCUUCACCUCGAAUGUGAGUCAGCAGAUCCUCGAGGCGAAGGCGGCGGCCGACCUGGCGAACACCUCGGCCAAUCAGGUCCACGACGCCCUGCGGCCAAUCAGGGAGCAGCUGGACCAAUGGGAGCAGACGUACGGAGACGUCAACGCCUCCAACGACGACAUCAACAAGGCGCUGAUGGACGCCAAUCAGACCAUGCUCGAGCUCGGGGCCACGAUUCCCAGUCUGCUGACCAAGCUGGACGUCCUCCAGAACCAGUCCAUCCUGAUGCCCAACAUCUCCGAGAACAUCAACCGCAUCCGGGAGCUCAUCCAGGAGGCGCGCAACGCCGCCAGCAAGGUGAGCGUCCCUGUGAAGUUCAAUGGAGCUUCAGGGGUCCAGGUGAGGACUCCCUCUAACCUGGCCGACCUGGCUGCCUACACGUCUCUGAAGAUGUUCAUCACGCUGCCGGAGGGGACUCGGUCCAGAAGACAGGGGGACGGCCCCCAGCAGUUUGUCUUCUACCUCGGCAACAAGGACUCCAGUAAGGAGUUCCUGGGCAUGGCUCUGGACGGGAAGCAGCUUCAUUGGUUCUUUAACGUUGGAGGAGAAACUGCUGAGGUGACGAUGCGUGAAGACGUGAAGUCGGAUGGAUUCUUCCACACCGUCGGGCUGGAGAGGAUCCUGCAGUACGGUCAGAUGUCCAUGUCCUCUGAGGCCACGGGGGGGGACCAGAGUGUCACUAAAGCUGGCACCGAGGCCUCAGGGGACCAGGGGCUCCUCAACCUGCUGACCGACGAGACCGUCUUCUACGUGGGGGGGUACCCCAGCACCUUCAAACCCCCCCCCCAGCUCGACCUGUCCAAGUUCAAGGGCUGCAUCGAGCUGGACACGCUGAACGAGGAGGUGCUCAGUCUCUACAACUUUGAGAACAUCUUCCAGCUCAACACCACCGAGGAGAAGCCGUGUGGCAGGCCGAAGCCGGUACUGACUCAGGCGUGGGUGAAUGACGCGUCGUACUUCGACGGCACCGGAUUCGCUGAGAUCACCUUCACCGUGGAAUCACCUCGCAUGCAGCGCUUCGAACAGGAAGUGAAGCUGCUGUCCCAGCGAGGCAUCCUGCUGCUGCUGCAGAACCAGAACCACUUCCUGUGUCUGGCUGUGCUGAACGGCCAGCUGAAGGUGUUCUAUGAUUUCACUGAUGAACUGGUGGAACUGGAUCCCAAAGAACCAGACUCAGAGUUCCUGCUGGUCAGCGACGCCGAGCCCAAAGCUCUGGAGGUCAUCAUCCUGCAAGGCACCUCGAACCGCAUCGUGGUGAGGAACAACCGGGUGAACCUCUACAUCCACUCGUUCACCGAGAAGAUCCCUUCAUUCAGCGGCAGCUACUACCUGGGAGGAGUUCCAAAAGACAAGAUCCCAGACCAGCUGAAGACCAUGUUCCCCAAGCAGGGUUCUCUGAAGGGCUGCUUCAGGAACGUCAAGGCCUACAGCUCCCACGUGGACCUGAAGAGGAUGAAGAGCUCCGGAGUCAGUUUUGGAUGUGACGGUGAUCUGCUGGUGGCUCGUGAAGCUCACUUCUCCGGUCAGAGCUUCUUGGAUCUGGCUCUGACCAACGUCCCGAGUCUCAGGGACAACUUCUAUGUCAGCUUCAGCUUCAGGACCGACAAGAAGGAGGGCCUGAUGUUCUACCACCAAGAUAAGGACGGAGAGUGUGAGGUUCUCCUGAACGAGGGCCGGGUGGUGGUGAGAGCCGACAAGAGGGAGAUGGUGACCCUGAAGACCUACAACGAUGCCAACAGCCACUACGUCUCCAUCUACAUCAACUCCACCGGGAUGCGUCUGUACAUGGACGACGUGCUGGAGAAGGGCAAGGAGGGAAUCCGUAUCAACACCAGGGGGCGCUCACCGCUCACCUCAGGGGUCAGCACCUUCCUGGGAGGAACCCCCGACCAGACCAGCACCAACCUCACCGGGUGCAUCAGCAACGUCUUCAUCAAGAGGGACACGAGUCCUCAGGCGGUUCAGAACCUGCUGAAGGUGAACAAGAACGUGAACGUCCCUCUGGGUUGUCCCGCCGCCGCCAAGCCUCAGCAGAUCCUCGCUGCACAGCCCAAACACAACAAGGCCAAGAAGCACAAGAAGCCCUCGGGGUCUCGUAGCCGUAACACCAGGGAGUCGUGCCAGGGGGCGCCGUCGGACCAGGAGAGCGGAGCGACGCACUUCAGUGGCUCCGCCCACAGCCACCAGAGAUAUGACGCUCUGCCCAGGUCGCUCAGCUCCAUGCCUCACGUCUCCAUGUCUCUGAGGAUCAACUCUUCUGAGGGCCUGGUGCUGCAGGCCGGCGGCGGGCCGAGCGGGGGGGCGGUCCUGUCCCUCAGCGUGUCCGGCGGCCGCCUGCUGCUGCUGCUGGACGCCGGCAAGAGGAAGCUCAGCCUGCGCAGCCGCAGGAAGUACGAUGACGACCGGUGGCACACGGUGUUCGUGAAGCGCGAGGGACAGAAGCUCGUCCUGAUCGUGGACGGGAUCGACGCUCAGUCCAAGAAGCUUCCUGGAGGAGACCGGGCUCGAGUCGCCGGGCCGCUGUAUGUGGGAGGAGCUCCGCCCACACUGAUGGCUCCAGGAGGUUUCACCGGCUGUGUGAAGGACCUGAGGCUGAACGAGGCCCCUGCAGGAAGCCCCUCCUACAGCCAGGGGGCGGUGCCCUGCUUCCAGAACCCUCUGCAGCCCGGGGCCUACUUCUCUGGAGAGGGGGGGCACAUGGCUCUAGAUGAGUCCUUGGUUCUUGGUCGGGAUCUUGAGAUCCAGUUGGAGGUUCGACCCGUCUCGGACUCUGGGCUCCUGUUGCAUGCUGGGACAUCAGCUGACCAACACCUGAGUCUGGUCCUCAGUCAGGGAGAGGUGACGGUCUCAGUAAAAAGUGGUAAAGGUGAGUUCUCGGCCUCCUUCACUCCUGAGGAGCCUCUAUGUAACGGACACUGGCACACGAUCACAGUGGUGAAGAAGAACAACGUCCUGCAGCUGCACGUGGACGCAGCCAGCGAGCUCAGUGUCGGGCCCAGACAGAGCCGCACCGCGGGGGGGAAGGAGGGCGUCUACCUGGGGGGGAAACCUGGAGGCGCCACUGUUCCCGGUCUGCCUGCCUUCCACGGCUGCAUCCGGUCGGUGUCGGUGAACCACCGAGCUGCCGUGUUGUCCAAGCCGCUCUCUGUGCACGGAGCAGUGGGAACACGGGGCUGCCCAGUCGUAUAAACCAGUCUUAUCUUCACAUUCCACAACUGCAGAUUAAUGGUGGUGGGUGUCAUGUUACUGUAGCUAAUUUAAAAUAUGUAUUAAUAUUUAUUGUAUAUUGUCAGAAAAUAUAUAUUUUAUAAUUCCGUUUGUCGUCGCAGUAGUGCUGGUUUGUUUUUGUGUUGCAGGUAGAGAUGCACUGACACGAUUUCAAAUACUCUCUAAAUUCAUAAAUCAAUGAGUGUUUCCUAUAUUCAAUUUAAUCGAUUAGUGUCGAGUUGUAAAUAAACACAACGCGGAUUGAUUUUCCUACUUCAUCAGUGAAGAAUUGAUUUUAGCUCUGAUAAACUUCCUGUGGCUCCAAAACUGUUCCUGAGUUGAACUGUAUUGAAGCACAGGAUGUUAACAUCUGUGUGUCGUGCGUCUCCAGAAGAGAAUAUUAAGAAUGAUCCUGAGUCUGUACACUGUGACCCUCUGAAGGGGGUGUGGCCUCUGACACUGACCUGGACUCAGAUUUUAAUCAUUACCUUUUAACACACUGGUGAUAUUUGAUCUUCUAUAUCAGUUUCUGCAGAUUUCACCAAAUUAAAUUUAAGACUUUUAAAACCAUAACGGAUUAAAUUUAAGAUAAAUAACUUCAACUGAGACGGAUCAGAAGGUUCUCCAGUCUCUGGAUCAGUUAACAAGUGAAGGUGAAGCAGCAGGAGGAGAACCUGGAAACACCACGUUGUGUCUCAGGAUCUGAAUCAGGCUGAGUGAACUGAGAUCAGUGUGUUCAUAUCUGUAUCACUCAGAAACCCUGGAGAAGAUUGUGUUCAUAUCUUUCAGUCUUUUCACAAAUCAAAUGUAUUUGAAGUUUUUUUUCUUGCUUUGCUUUGUGAUAACGAGUUUCACUUGUUGAGUCAAAUCCACGUCCCAGUGGCCGAGCUGUCCCAUGAGGCGUCUCCCUCUGUCCUCUAUGUAAACAUGUACCCAGUGUGUGUGACGCGUGUUGUAUAACCUUUUAAAAACAUCUCACAGAAAGAAUAAGCUGCCCCCCCCCCCUCACAUGUGUUGUAAAUGCAUUUCUAAAUAAAGGAUGUUUUCAUAUAAA